AGACCACCACAGGAAGAAGAAGCAGAGAUGCAUUCUACUUGGUUCCAGCAUUUCAAGGAUUCCAGGAAGCCUGGCUUUAAAAUGCCCCAAUGCCGCCACCGUAUUAUCAUUGCACCCCCCAUGCCAAAGCACGUUACCGGCGAAUGCAAGGUUGCAGUGGAAGCUGUUCCUUCCCUUGAAGUGGAGUCUUCAACCCAAUCCUAUAAAACAGUAAACAUUUCACAGGAAGAACAGCAGGUGGAGGGCGGAGAUGAGGUGCAAGUGUGGCUGGCCCAGAGGCUAAAAACAAAGAGAGAUCUGGACAUUUUUGUGAACCUUGAGAAAUGGAUCCAUUGCAAGCCCAGUAGGACAAAGUUAGAGAACCGAGUGUUAAAGAAGAUUUACAGGGAUAGAGAGAAUGAUCUAGCUGCCCGGAGAGCAGCUGAGAUUGCUUCUGCUGAGAUCACAAAACCUGUCCAGUAUGUCCACAGAGUUAUCCCCUCACUCAUCGUGCCCGAACCCUCAUGCCUGUCAGUCCUAUAUGAAUAUCUGUUAAGCCAAAAGAUCAAAAUAAUUGAAAUGUUCUUCAAGGCAGAGUGGGAACAUCAGAUCUCCAGGGAAGAGUUCGUGGAAGGAAUGAAAAGAGUUGGUGCUCCUCUGACUGAACGGGAGUUGGAGGAUGUGGUGAUCUAUCUAGGCUCCAUGAACAAGCAGGGCGUCAUCUAUCGGGAAGACCUGGUAGAUUCAUAUAGACGUUGGGUUGCUGCCAAGAAAAAUGAUAGCCAAGAGAAAAAGAAAUAUUUUAACUACUGGAAAAGAUUGAGACUCAAAAGGCAGCAUGUCAAACGUAAGAAGGCAAAGAUUUUGACUCCCCCACCCUCCACGCCAAAACUACCCUUAUUGGAAGUGCUUCCCAUUAACACGGAGCCAGAGAGAAUGCAUCUGACCUAUGAGGACAUGGAGGAAGUUGGGAAACGAUACAAGGAGUUGAGGCGACAGUCCAAGAAAAAAAUCAAUCCCUUGGUGUUUAUGGAAAAGCGUCACCUAGUACGAACUGGCAACAAGGCCUAUGAUGACCACUGCCUCCCAUCCACUCUGCCAGAUGAGUUUGGGGAGAUGAUUAAUGUCUUCCGAAGGGCUACCUUUUUGGUCUACCUGAAGUGUGUGAAGGCAUGUGAAGCCUACGAAGUCCCACUGACCGAAAAGACCCUCAUGAAAGCUCUACUUUACCCUGGAGAUAAACUCAUCUUGGAGAAAAAAAAUGUUCUCAAGCUCAGACAACCAGGAGGCUAUUACGAUGAAGUGAAAGAAUUUAUACCGACUAAAGAGAAGUUCCAUACGAUACAAGAGUCAGUACCUGUGAAGACGUCACAGAGGCCAAUUAAGAAAAUGAGUUUUGGAGAGUUUGAGGCUCUGACCAGGAAACUCAAGCACAAGGGCCAUCGUAGGACUUACAGUGAGAUUCAGGGAACCCACCCCAAUUUCUUCUGGCCGGGACACCUUCUGGAUAAACUGCUGCUAUACCUCCCCAACAAGAAGUGGAAAAGGCAACUGGUUCUUUUCAGCCAGGUGGAGAAGUUGCCUCACACCUACCCAGCCAUCUACCAUCCUGACCGCUUUUGGCCCAUUUCUGAUGCAGGCUAUAUAACCUUUGGCAAUUUUGAUCAUCAUAAAAGAAGCUGCUGA